AAAUUGGCUCCCGUAAUGCUGUGGAUUCAUGGUGGGGCAUUCAUGCGCGGUUCCAGCGGUACGGAAAUGUACGGACCGGAUUACCUCAUUCAAAAGGACAUCGUUUUGGUCACUUUUAACUAUCGCAUUGGGGCAUUCGGAUUUCUUUCAUUCGAAUCGAAAGAAUUGGGUAUUCCAGGCAACGGAGGCUUGAAGGAUCAGCAUGUAGCGAUUUGUUGGGUACGUGACAACAUCGCCCGCUUUGGUGGAGAUCCUGACAACAUCACCCUGUUCGGAGAGAGUGCCGGUGGAUGCUCCGUCCACUAUCAUAUGGUGUCGGAUCGUUCGAAAAGGCUGUUCCAGCGGGCGAUUGUGAUGUCCGGGUGUACGUUGAACAAUUGGUCCACAUUGCCGAGGCGUGGCAUGGGCGAAAGGUUGGCCAAGGCGCUGGGCUGGAAUGGGCAAGGCGGUGAAUCGGAAGCGCUUAAAGUACUGUUGGCUGCACCAGCGGAAGACAUCACCACGUUCCAGGACCAGUUGCUGACAGCAAAUGAGUUGGAAAAUCGCAUCCUAUUUGCCUUUGGGCCAGUAGUUGAGCCCUACGUCACGGCAACAACCUUCAUUCCCAAGAGUCCACUGCAAAUGUGCCGUGAAGCUUGGAGUAACGAGAUCGACAUCCUGAUCGGUGGCAACUCCGAAGAAGGAUUGUUUUGCUUAAGCACCAUUAAGGAGAAUCCAUCCAUCAUGGACAACCUGAAGGAUUUCGAGUAUCUCGUACCGCUGGAAUUGGAGCUGGAACGUUCGUCCCAAACGUGCCACGAGUACGGACAGAGACUGAAAAAGUACUACUAUGGUGAUACGAAUCCGUCGUUUGAAAACCGCAAUGGUUACCUAACGCUUAUGACGGAUAAACUGUUCUGGCACGGUUUGCAUCGUACCAUCUGUUCGAGGAUUAGUGCCAAGAAGGAGGCAAAAACGUUUGCGUACCGGUUUGCGGUCGAUUCCGAAACGUACAACCAUUACCGGAUCUACUUCUGCGAUCGCAAUGUGCGCGGAACGGCCCAUGCUGACGAUCUUUCGUAUCUGUUCAAGAACGUGUUCAGUCCCGUUCCGGCUCCAGAUUCGUUCGAGCACAGGACGAUGAGGACGAUGGUGGAGCUGUUCACAAAUUUCGCCACUUCAGGUACUCCAAACGGUGGCAUAGUUGGGUCGAUAUGGGAGCCGGUUGGAGAAAAAAUGGGAGUUUACAAGUGCCUGAACAUUAACAACGAUGGUUUAAGCUACAUUACCCUUCCCGAGGCUGAUCGGAUGAAGCUUUGGGAUUCAUUAUACAAACAAGAACAACUGUACUGAGGGACUGAGC